AUGUGGAAAGAACAAAACAAACCCCCACAGGAAAAGGAUAGAGGCAGCUCGGGCUCUUUGGCUGUGAACAACAAAGAGAUGUUUGCCAGGCUGCGGCGCGUUUUGAGGAAAGACCUGGAGGAAAGGGAGCUGUUUGUGCAGGAGCUUCUGCAGACGGAAAGCCCUAAGAACACUCUUCUGCAAAUCGACAGUGGGGAGCCGAUAGUGACUUCAAAGAAAGAAGCGCAGGCGUACCUGGAAAUGUGGAAAAAAGUGAGUGCAGACCCGUAUCCGUACAAGAAGGUUUUGAAGAGGUGGCAGCACACAAAGGCGCAGUCUUUUUUUCUGUUCCAUGUUCUGUCGCUGCCCCCAGACAUUACGCAGAUCUACAAGGGAGACACCGCGCCGUUUAUUGACAGAGCCAAAGACACGUACGAGUACACGCCCUUUAUUAAGGAGAUGGCUGUGUCGAACUACAACUGCGAGGAGCUUUUUUCUCUUUUGUCGGAAAUAGACACGGAGGACGGGCUGUCUAUCCUCAGCCACGGCGUGUCAAUGGUGCCCGAGCUGAUUGCGCUGGGCCUGGUGAAGCAUGCGCAGAAGUAUGACAGGCUUUUUCUGGACACGUUUUCCUGCUGCCUGACGUCUGCCGACAGAAGCAGCCUGGUUCUCAGAAAAAUAUUUGACAGAAAGCCGAAGCUUACGCUGGCCACAAUGGAAAGGCUGUAUCUCUCCGCGCUCUCCUUGGACGACUGCUUGGCAGCGUGUCUGGAGUGCAGAAUCCUGCCAUACAUCAUCCGGGAGCUGGACCCGCUGGAGUUUUCGCUGGACCUGCUUUUUCUGGCAGUCACUCGGGGGAUAAUCGACCUUGCGGUGGUCCUGUGCAUGCAGUCGAACGACGAGUUUAUAAACAAUUUUAUCCACCACAUGAUAACCCGGUAUGGAAAGGGCUCCACAAAGGGGGUGGGCAUAUACCCGCUGACGGUGGAAAUAAUCAUAUCCACGUGCAUCACGCUGGAGGGCCUCUCCAAGGGGCUGUCGAAAAGCACAAACAUGCUGCUGUCCAAGCUGAAAAGCAACCUGAUUCCGGAGAUCCGCACGUGCCUGGUGAAACGGGUCACUCUGAAGCAGCAGGCCAGCGAGUUUCUGCACAACGUGAUCUCUAACAGAACCGUGAACUCGGACGCGAUAGUGUACAUGACGCAGGUGUCCUCCAACAAGAACUCGUACGACAUGGAAAUGUUUGACUGCAUUCUCAACGAGAUGGAGCUGAAGUACAAAACGCUGGACCGGCUAACCCCGCACGAGGUUAUGGCAAUGUCUCUUUUUUACGGGAGAAUGAUCAAGUACGAAAUAAUGCCUGCAAAGCGGACAAAGACGGCCAUGCGCCGGAUAUUUAGGUUUCUCCGAGAGGAGCCGUGCAGCAACCGGUUUAAGUUUGCUCUGAAGUGCCUGGAGUCGUUUGGAGACAUUUUGGAAAAGUAUCCGUUUUACGCGCAGGAGUACUCCAGGAUGCCGCAGGUGUAUGCAGCCAACAAGUCCCUAUACACGUUCAUCCGGGGGCACCUGAGCAUACAGGAGCUCACCUCCAAAAACGAGACAGACGGAUACACGCCCUUCCAGGAGAUCGUGGCGGAGGCGCUGGGGCGCGUGGAGGCGCCGUCCAGCUGGCAGAAGUCUUUCAACAUGCUCACGCUUUCCAACAUGCAGGCGCUGACAGAGACCAUACACGCGCAGAAGCCGAAGGAAAAAGACUUGGCCAAAUACCUGAUCAGCAAGAGAGUGUUCAAAGAGACAAACCAUCUUAAAAUGUACGUGCAGUUUAUUCUGGAGUACUCAGACACGCUAUAUCUUCAGGCGCGGGAGGUUUUCUUUUUGAUUCUGAAGCGGUACUUUGAAAGGCACUCGGAGGUCGACAGGGCCGACAAAGCGCCCUCUCUGCGGGUGAUCGGAACGUACCUGGGCAUGCUCACGUUCAACGACAGAGCCCCCAUCAACAAGGCGGACUUCAACAUCAAGGAGUGCUUGGUGGAGAGCGCAGGCAAAGAGUAUGUGUACUCCGCCGUUGUUUUUGUGUGCAAGUACAUAGAAGAGACUGUAAAUAGCCGAAUAUUCGGGAAGUUCUGCCCGUACAUAAUGUCAAUCCUGCGGGUGCUUUCUGAGAUCCACUUUUUGGCAGAGGGCAGCGACCUGCUGUCUCUGGAAAUCGAGAUAUGCUUUUCAAAAAUAGAGGUGCCCAUCGAGGAUGUGCACCCGGACAUUGCGGUGCAGGAAAGGCGGCUGGGCGCAAAGCGAAAGGCGCUCGGCAUUGCAAACUACAUAGAGCUGGAAGGGGUGCGAAGCAUGCUGGCGCAUAUAGCAGUGAUGGGGCUUGACCUGGCAAUCCGGGACGUCCCAUACCUGAUAGUGGACAAGAUAUUCAGCAUAAGCAGCACUGCGGCGAUCGAGGCGGUGAAGAGGGACUUCCCGGGAAACGUUCAGGCUGCACAGCAGGCGUACACAAACAUGGUGUGCGACCUGGCAUGCUCGCUUGCGCGCGCAUCCACAGCAGGCCCCAUAAAAGCCAGCGCCGCCAACAACAUUGCACACUUUAUGCGCCUUGCGGGAAUGGAGGACGCGCUCAGCCCCGAAAAAAUAGCCCACAUUGUGGACUGCAACUUGGGGAUAUGUCUGGGCGUGGUGGAGUACAUCACGCGGAAGCGGGUUGCUCUGGGGCUUGCAGCGAAGCUGGAGGAGCUCAAAGAGGAGAUAUCUGGGCUGCCGCCAAAAAGCGUGCCGGUGCACGACAUUGACCUGUACAACCCAAAGGCAUACGCGAAGCCGGGAUACAUUAUAGCAGAAGAAGUCCAGACCAUAACAGUGGGCGAGUACCACGAAAUAUGCGCGUAUCUUUCGUCCAUCAACUACAAGAACAGAGAAAACGCCGAGUCGCUUGGGCCCUUCACGGGGUCUUCUGCGCAGAAGAAGUGGGAGGACGCGCAGAAGAUUUUGCAGGAGAUAGAAAAGUCGGCGGACGAGCACGUCAGGCCCAGGUUGGCCAUUGAGCUUCUGGAAAGCAUGCACGGCAUCCUCAACUUUGUGUCCUCGGGCGCGAACGAGAUGGCGUGUCUGUUUUUCUGCCAAAACAUCAUUGGAAGCAUUUUCAUGCUCAACAACCAGUGGGCGCGCGCCGUGUGCAUAAAGGUUGUGUACAAGAUCUGCAGAAUCUCGUACAGCUCUAUGCGCGAGGUUUCGUCCUGGCUUAUAUACGCGGAAGACGAGAGAAAGUUCAACCCGAAAGUGAUCAUGCAGAUGCUUGACCACAAAAUAAUGAACACGCUUGAGUACGACAUCCAUCUGGGGAACACUCUUGCCCGAAACGCGCAGAGAAUGAAGUUUGCGGUGGGCCUUUUGAGGGCCUGCAUUCUGACAGAGUACCCCGUGGGGAGCCCGUUUGACUACAUAUGCACAAUAGAGGCCAUCUCCAAGAGCACAAAGGGCCCGUUUGACGAAAGAGUGCGGGAGCUUCUUAAAGAAAUUGCGAAGCGGAUUUUCCUGCUGCGCAAGGACGACUCUGACCAAGAGCUGUUUGAAAAGUGGACAGACGUGUACUUCUACAAGAUUCUAGGGAAGGAAAGAGCGUCCGCGCUGGAAGCCGUUUUGGUGGCCAUUCGGGCAAAAACAGACACGCCCGCCGGGCGGCAGGAGUUUCUUAAGAGCGCGUUUGCCGCCUCUGUGGAGUCCUAUCUCCGCGCGCGCAAGGAGUGCUCCCCCAUUAAGUACAUGAAAAUCGAGUCGCUGGCCCUUUUGAUUUCCACCUUGGUGAAGACCCCCGGAGAGCUAUCGGACUGCCUCUGCAUUGUGUCCGGGGUGUUCUUGGACGGGAUUGAAAUGCAGUACUACCAAAUACAGAGCCUGUUUACCCGGCUUCUCCAAGUGCUGCUGGAAAACAUUUCGGUUUUGUACGAGGACGCGGUUUUCGAGUUUCUCUCUGCCGUGCGCCCGUCUUUCCUGGGGUUCUUCCUCUCCGGCUUUGUAGAGCUCCUCUUUUCUAGCUACAUCAUCCGAAACAUGUUCCUGCGCAACGCGUUUAGGGGCGUGUGCAUCCUACAGUGGAAGUACCAGGCGCUGCGCACGCUGCCGCCUUCCGAGCAUCUAGACUCCCUGGUGUAUGCGUGCUCUGCGUUUGCCCUGCAGCUGAAAAAAUACGCGCCCAACUUUUAUUCGCACUACUCGUACCUUGCACUGCUGAUGAUUCCAACGUGCCCAUCCGUGGUUUUGCUGCGCAACGCGUGGUCUCUGCAGAGACACCCGGCCUGUAUGGAGCUUAUUUCCCAGCACAAGCACCUCGUGCUCAACACAGAGUACUAUAUGCUGCUGAUCAAGGUGAACGAGGCUGUGCAGAAAAAAGACCCAGAUCUGCUUUUGCUGUCCGCAAACGAGGAGCUGCUGUCGCACAUACUUGUGGACUCCCUCACCAACCAGCAAGACACGUCCAGAGUGUACUACGAUAUUAUUCUUAAUUUAUUUGCACAGCCUGGAAAGAUAUCUUUUAAAGAACAGAUCUUGGCCAGGCUGCUGGAAAAAAGCUGUGCGCCGCCGCCCAGGCCUGUAUACAUUCGGAAGGUUCUAGACACUCUGCUCAACGCGCAGAUGUACAUGGAGUCGCUGGGCGAAAUUGUGCGGCGAGACAAAGAUGUUCUUGGUAAGCUUAUUGUCAGAGCGUCCACUUUUCUGGCAACAGAGGCCGUUCACAACUAA